AUGCCAGCAACGUUGCAAGAACAGGAAAGAUCAGAAGAACGUGUGUUACCCUCUUGCCCGUCCGCACAUCCGUUCGCUCUCAUAAAAAUGGGCGAUAUGAGUGAGCACGAAGAGUGGAUGGAAGAGUGUUCUGGACGACGAGUUGGGCGAUCUCCAGCUACCGGAGGUGCUGGACCUUCCAUACAAGGUUCUCGAUCUCAAAAUGCUAGUCCAAUACUUGGGUCUUCGAAUGCGGCGCCAGCAAUUCCUACCUUUUCCUCUGGACCUCCGAAACGGCUUUUUGCUGGCUCAUCCAAUAUGUCUGGAGCUGUAGCGGCAAAUGCGAAUGCGUCUGGCGCUGGAGCUAGCGCUAAUCAGCGCGGAACAACAUCCGAUUGCGGAUCGGAAUAUACAAGAUCCUUAGACGAUAUUGCAGGGAACAGUCUUGCUCGAUUAGAAAACAAGACAGAAGGUUCGAUAAAGCUGAACAUACCGAAUCUUUCAAAUUUACGCGCAAAAGUCAACACAUCCUUCCAUUACAUUGCAAAUUUACCUUGGCGUCUGGCAGCAAAAACUGAAUGUACGAAGCGAACAUCGCAUGUGAAGUUCUUCUCGGUUUAUAUAGAUUGUAAUCCAGAAAGUGAAAGCACAUUAUGGUCAUGUGAUGCUAUAGUAGAAUUUCGACUACUGUCUCAACGUCCUGAUGUGACCGAUUUUUCACGGCAGUUUACGAACAAGUUCAACUUCAAUUCGAACAACUGGGGAUUUCCAUCAUUCAUGGAGUGGGGAGACAUUUUGAACGCUGAUAAAGGAUAUGUGAAAGGCGAUCGAGUAGUGGUAGAAGCAAGAAUCACCGUUCAGAAGGUGGUUGGAGUGAGGAAAAAUCCAUGUUUUGAUUUCUUAUCUCAAGAGCCGCACACGUCGGAUGCCGUACUUGUGAUUGAUGGUACCAAACUCCACGUUAGCAAAACUUAUCUCUCUUUAUAUUCGCCCGUCUUCUAUGCUUUGUUCUUCGGCAAAUUCAGCGAACGAGAAAAGCGUGAGAUUGCAGUAGAAGAUGUUAUUCUAGAGGAGUUCAUCGAACUGCUCAAUGUUGUUUAUCCCAGUCACAAACCAAUUUCCACUGAUAAUGUGGAGUUUUUGCUAGAAUUAGGCGACAAAUUCGAAAUACAGUUUGUCAUCGACGAAUGCGAACGCUUUUUGAUGUCUACUGAGGACAUCGCUAUAGUAACUAAACUCGUGUGGGCCGACCAGUAUUGUCUAGCAAAGCUACAGGAUGCGUGCGUGCGAACAUUCAAGAGCGUGAAUGACAUCAAAGCACUGAAGCUUACCGAGGAAUACAAGAACCUGAGUGAUACAACGAAAGCGGCACUUCUAGAGAAAAUUUUCAAGAUCUUGAAAGACUAAAGAGUACAGGGUAAAAUCAUGAUCUGAUAGUUUCCGUACAGUCUUCUUCACCACCUCAUGGCGAGUUGUGACGCAUUUACAGUUCAUAAAACACGAACAGAUACUGUAAAGGUAGUAGUCGCAAUCACAUCUGCAUAAUAUGUUACGGUGAAUUUAUUCCCAGAGUAGGUCCUGUUGUAUGUUUUUACAUUGUUUAUUAUACUGCGAUUUUGUGAUGUAGUCGUACGAAUCUGUGAUUAUUGGGUUACAUUUUUCCUUUUUUCUCGAUGUGUUUAAUUUCUAGAAGCCGAAUUGAGAAACAUCUGCGAAUGUGAGCUUUCCUUCAACUGCCGAUGUUGAUAGCGUUGUACAUAUUUCUUAUAUGAACAUCUAAUGAGACAGCCUAAUGCAGUCAAUC